AUGGCGUCAACACCACCGCCGCCAUCACCAACUGAGCUUCGUGUACCCAGAGCGCCGCGACAUGGAGCAAAGCACGACAACUACGAACCUUACCCUACACGUUACUCUGCUAGACUUGCAGGUCAACGAGCGUCAAGGAGUUCCCAAACCACGCCGCCUCCAAGUCUUUCAAACACAUCUGCCAAAGCUGGAACAUCUAAAAGAAACUUUUCGCCCUCUUCGCCUGGCACCGCCAAACCCUCGCCCAAAAAGCCUGCACGCUCUCACAGAACUGCUGCCUCCCGAAUUUCCCCAUUUGAUUUGGAACACUCCCGUCCCCGCACUUCUUCACAUCACACCUCCCAAUCCUCAGCAGAACAGGCGUUGCCUACCCCAGCUAAAACUCCUUCAAAGAAGAAAAUAACUAGUUCUGAUUCUUCUACGUCACGUUCUCUGUUUCCUUCCACUUCCACCCCCAAGCGCAGAAAAAUGGAUACCCCCAAACAUUCUACCGCAGACGCCCCCGCAAUCUUCGUCGAUGAGCCUCUAAUAGGGCACACUAUUCAAGCUGCGGAGCAGAAAUUGGGUAUCUCUAUUCAUGAGGACUCGCGUGAUCGCAUCCCUGUGGUUGGUCCACUUUCGACUGAUUCAUUCAUUUCCAAGCCUGCAAGAGCUGUUGGACGACCUGCCACUCGCUCGACCACCAGCGUGACUGAUGGAGCUUAUUUUGUCCACCGUGGGAAGAAAAUAUUCAAGCGCUUUGAUGAUAUGGAAGAUGAGGGCGAGGAUGAAGAUGACCUUGGUCUUUUCGCCAAUCGCCCCGACCUGCUGGCUGAAAACCCUGAUAUUCUCAAGAGCGUGAAGCCUUUGAGACGUGGUGACAUCAAACCUCGUCUAUUAUUCCCCACCGCCGUUCAGCCUACCACUGGCGAUGAGGAGGAUGUCACUGAUGUCGAAGAUCACGAAGAUCACGGGGAUCACGAGCCAAUGUCUCCAACUGCGGCUCACGCAGAUCAUGCUCAGACUCCUUCCAUCUUGUUUGAUCCAGCUCCCUCCUUUGAGUCUGAGGACUCAUCUAUCGCUCCCCGUGCCCCUGUUGGACGUGCUGGUCUCCGCUUCACUCGAUCUCCCGUGGGCGAUGUGUCACCAUUCCAACCCGCCUCUUUCUCCGAGGACCUUGGUUUCGGCAAUUCCGCAGAUGAUCAGAGUCGGUCUCGAGGUCUUUCUACCAGCAGUGGCAGCAGCCUCUUGAAGUACUGGCCUCCUGUCAGUAGGAAGACCCGGGACAAUGACGCCCGCACCGACCGUGUAAAGCGCCUUCGUGAGGCCCGCGGUAGCCCUACCCCACGCACUCGACAAGCCCUGCGCGCGGAAGCCUCUGGAGAGGGUUCGACUGCUGAGCCAUCCACAUCCGAUUCCUAG